ACACACACACACACACACACACACACACACACGCACACACACACACACACACACACACACACACACACACACACACACACACACACACACACACACACACACCCCUAGAGGGGGGCUAAGUCGUUUCCUCAGGGGUAGACAAGAAAACUUUACCAUUCCCGACGUUCCAGACACAUUAAGGAUCAGGGAAUCUCCAGCUUCUCGAAGCCCUGAUGAGGACCAGAGUCAGGUCUUGAAACGGUGAGAAGAUCAGAGUCAGACCGACUGGAGACCUUUUCCAUCACUUCUUGCUGCUGCUGGACCUUAUUCCUCAAAGUGAAGCUCCUCCGUUGGCAGGCUGUGGUUCUUGAAGUUCUUGGGGAUGUAGAAGACGUUUUUGUCCCACCGCCCUCAUGGUGGCUCUGACAGAUCAGAACUAGCUUCACCUCCAGACCUGACACCAGUCUGCUCCUUCAGCAGGACUGGGACACGUUGGUUUAAACAUGGCUCUCGGAUCAGGACGUACAUGGUUUGUGAUAGUCUAGGUCAGUGGUUCCCAACCCUGGUCCUCGGGGACCACUGUCCUCCAUGUUUACCAUGUUGUCCUUUCAGACACCAGCGUGUCUCUGCUGCCACACACCUGUCUUAAACGAGAGGUUAACCAGUAUCUGCAGCACUUGAUGGCCUCCUUAGGAGCCAGUGUAAAUCAGCUGUGCUGAAGCAGAGACAUGGAAAACAUGGAGGACAAAGGUCCCUGAGGACCAGGGCUGGGAAACACCGGUCUAGGUCCAAACCAGGUUUUCUGUGAGGAAGCAGUUCUGCAGCUGAAGUGACCUUCACACCAGGUUGGUGAUGAUGUCCUAUAUGAAGGUGUUGUGUGUUCACCUCUGAUGUUUGGCUCCAUUCAGUUUCCUCCUCCUGGUGGGACUCCAUGUGCUGCUGGACUUGGGAAGUUCUGUUCCCAGAUUUGCUGAGGUCCCCUGAAAUGUGUUGGUCCCGGCGAUGAAUUGGAUCCCCUCAUUUGGUCUCGUCUCGUCUGGGACUCCUUGGUCCGACAGAACCCUGCUGGCGGUUUUGAUCAUAUGUUACAGUAGAGCAUUGGGAGGAGGCCAUUUGUGGCCUCUUCUCCGUAGGUUAGACCUCCUCAUGUUCUCCUUACUCCUUCUUCACUAACAGAGCUCCUCUUCCGCUCCUUGUUGGCCUUACCUCUUGAUUAUCUGCUCUGACCUCCUCUGUAGUGAACUUCAUUGGCUACUCCUAAGAGAUGACAUCAUGAAACUAGAUGUGGUCAGUACCGAUUGUCUACCUGGACCCAGUACUCCAUCCUGAACUUUCACAGGAUGACAGUGGGUAGGUCUUUGGACAGGAACAGAACCAUCAGAACCAGGAGACCAGCCUGUGUGAGGACCGGGCUUUUUUUUUCUCUGGGUCAGGUGGGUCCUGAUCACUGGGAUAUAUAUUAGGUGGUAUCCCAUCCUACAGGUGUUUCUCCUCAUUCCUCUCCCUCAGGAAACGCCGGUUAUGUUCAUAACCUAACGUUCUGGUCCAGAACAUCUCAGACGUUCUGCAGAAUGAAGCAGGUCCGGUUCACAAGUCUCUGAUUGCAAAUGUUGUUGUUUGCUUCCUCGUUGAUUUCCUUUGCAUACGUUCAUCUAUAUUUAAGAUACAGACGUGUGUGUGUGUGUGUGUGUGUGUCAGAAACUUCCUGCUGGCUGCCACCAUCUGCUGUUCUGACUCGAGGCAGCAAGGAGAGGAGCUGCUAUGGCGCAGGAAGCCGAUGGAGCAUUUUCCGUUGCUAAGAGACCAAACAGCGUUCUGAUGAAGGGUCAGGAGGAGCAGAAAAUCCCCGUCAGGGUUGUUUAGAGGAGUAAGAGACGGAACUCAUCAAACCCUGAAUUGGUUGUUCGUUUGAACUAGUUCCUCGUGUUCAGUCUGUCAGAGUCGUUAAACAAAGGCAAGCAUCUGAACAGAAGAUCUAGGAGCAGCUGAGCGGUGUGGGUCCACCUCCAGCUGAGAGGGUCUGUCAGCAGAACCGGUUAAUGCUUUUAUAAAGUUCAGAAACUGCUCUGAUUUGGUACCACGGGUGUAAAAUCCACCAGAAGGGUUUGCCCAGACUUCUCAUGCACCUGACUCCAGACUACAGGUGUGUGGCAGAACCUUCUGUUAGUUCAUGAAAACCUUUUCUAGCAUCUUUACGCCAAACUGGAUCCAUUUUUCUGGGUCACCUAGUUAGGAAAUGGUUCUAAACCAGAACUGGAGCCGCCUGAUGGACAGCUGAGUCAGAACAUGUUCCAGCUCCACCACCAUGUCUAAAGCUACAGUGAAGAAGCUGCACUGGCGCUCCAAGGUACAGGAGAGCUUCGUUCCGCUGGGUGGAGCCAAUGGCUCAGGUGAGCUGGGCCUGGCCGUCGGAGGCGGAGCUGACUACGGAGAGUUUCCCUUUGUCACAGCAGCUUCUGGGGGCGGAGCCACAGUGAGUGACAUCAUCUUGGAGAUUGGAGGGACUCCUGUGUUGGGGAUGACUCUUGGUGAUGUCAGAGGAGUCCUGAACUCCUGUCCUCAUCCAAUCAGAAUCAAGACUGUCUCACCAGGCUCGUCUCUGUGUAAGGACCUGAGGUUGUACCUCAGCAAGUGUUUCACUCCAGGAUGCAUGGACAGCCAGCUGCAGCAGCUCAUCAGGGAGAACCUGUACCUGCGCGCCGUGCCGUGCACAACCAGGCAGCCGCGGGACGGGGAGAUUUCAGGUGUCGACUACAACUUUGUGUCUGUCGAGGAGUUUUUCUCUCUGGAGGAAUCUGGAGCCUUACUGGAGAGUGGAAAGUUCAAAGGAAACUAUUACGGGACGCCCCGCCCCGUCCACAUCAGUCCAGAGAGUCCACCAAUCACCUAUCAGGAACAUCGCAACCUGCUGAGGAACUUCAAGACCAGGAGCAAGUCUCUGAGUAACCUGGAAAAAGCUGUGGAGGAAGGAGACAACAGCGAGGAGGACGGGGGCCUGUCCGCAGGUUCAGCAGGAGCGCCGCCCACUACUCUGCCUCUCGGCCAAUUGUGGGAAUCGUCAGCUGGAAAUCGGGAGGCGAUAGAGAAUGGGGGAAGAAGAAGAAGAGGAGGAGGAGGAGGAGGAACCCAGCUGCCUGACAACUGGGAGCUGGCCUACAGCGACUCAGGAAAGCCCUACUACAUCGAUCACAAGUCAAAGACGACCAGCUGGUUAGACCCUCACUCUCAGAUGAAGGAGACCUACUCAUUUGCUGAACUUCCAGAGUUCACGGAGCAGCCGGGUCAGCUGAAGGGUUACUCCAUCCACACCCGGCUCUCCAAGGGUCCUCGAGGGUUUGGCUUCAACAUCGUUGGAGGAAGUCGUCCCAGAGAGUUCCUCCAGGUGUACAGCGUUACACCUGGAGGACCGCCCGCUCUAAACACAGCGGACAUCCUGGUCUACAUCAACGACAGCUGUGUGCUGGGCCGCUCCCACAAGGAGGUGGUGGAGAUGCUGAAGUCGGUGCCGAUGGGUCAGAGUGUGGACGUGGUUCUGAGGAGAGGAUACCCGAUGCUCUACAAUCCGGACGGCUGUCCUAAACAGAGUCUGGAGACGCAGCCGUCGACGCCCAGCGAGUCCUCCAGCGUCAGCCGAGGCCUGACUCAGCUCACCUUCAGCCACACGCUCAACGCCCACGGCAGCGCAUCAGCUCCCGCACAAACUCCACCCUCUUACUCUGCUCAGCCAAUGACAAACGGUUUGACCAGCCCUCUGACCCCGACAUCCUCUGACUCGGCUCCUGCCGCAGACGGGGCGCUGCCCAAUCACAGUGACUCUGAGGAGGGGCCGUCCAGCGCAGGAACUCGUAGGUCUUCUCUGAUUCGCUACAACAGCAGCACCCUUCCCGCCCUCUCCUCCUCCUCCAUCCUUCUUCAUCAGAGCUCAAAGUCUUCAGAGAGCGACCUGUCCACGUCGACACUCCCCAUUACCUCGUCCUCACACAAGAUCUCAAAACUGCUUCUCUCUCAGUCUGAGUCUGGCCUUCACCAGAACUCCACCUCCACACCUCCCCCUGUUGCAUCACAGCGCCCAGUGAUGCCCCAGACCACCCUUGCCAUCACCCCACCCAGAGACACCCCUACUUGUGGCUUCAACGGGUGUCCGGCCAACCACCAAGUGCCUCCUUCAAGCUCCAGAGGAAACCCAGGACUAGUUCUGCCCCUUGGGACGGCGUCAGCUGGGUCAGGGCCUGGGGGGGAGCUGGUGCCGGUGGCCAUUGGGCGCAGUGAAGGCAGUGGGCUGGGCUUUAGUGUGACGGCAGGAGGAGAGGGAAGCCAGCAGGCGGUGGUGAGGCGGGUUUGGGAUUGCAGACGGUGUCCGUCGCUGCAAGCAGGAGAUGCCAUCAUGAAGAUCAACGGAGCGGACGUCCAGAACCUAAACUUCACACAGGUCCAGAGAGUCCUGCAGGAACACACAAAGCAGGGUGAAGUGGUUCUGCUGGUCUACAGAGGAGGUCCAGCCUCUGGUCCAGCUGUAACCCCUACCCUCUACAAGCCCCUCCCCUCGCCACAUGUCAUGGACACGCCCUCGUCUUCCUCAACCUCUACCGACCUACCGUCCCCUUCCACUGAUCCUCCGCUCGGGGGCGUCCCCCAGCUCAGCCUGGCUGGCUUGGCCUUGGAGAGCCCCCCUGAAGGACCCGCACUCUCUCCAGAGACCCACCAAGGUUGUCCUGCUGCCCAGACCCCCAACGGACCCCCCGCCUCCACCCUCAUCCAGAGCACCAGCUUCCUGGACUCAGUCCCUGUGACUCUGACCUUAGAGCCGCGAGACCUGCUGGGAGUGGAGGAAAGCACUGGUCCAAUCAGAGGGGGCAGAGCUCCAGGAACCAUAGCCAAGGAUGGACGAGGGGGUGGAGCUAAGACGAUGGAGGUGGAGCUAAGGAGGCGACCAGGAGAAGGCUUUGGAUUUGUCAUUGCUUCUCAGGAAAUGAGUGGAGCCCCGUCCCUGAUGUCCCAUCGUUUCGUGACCGUACGGCGCGGCAGCCCAGCAGCUCGUAGUGGUCAGAUUCAGCCUGGAGACCAGCUGGAGGCGGUGGAUGGACGGACGGUAGGCAGUCUGCAGCACCGGGACCUGUCCCAGAUCCUCAGGAGGGCCGGGAACGCGCUAAAGCUGAGCAUCAGCCCCCGCCAACAGUCCUCCUCCAUCCCAGAAGGACCAGACCCUGAUGUCGAUUGUAUCAAAGGAUCCAAGAGGAGGUCAAAGGACGAGUCCAGGUUCUACAGCGUGGAUUUGGAACGUGGCCCGACAGGUUUUGGUUUCUCUCUGCGGGGGGGCAGUGAAUACAACAUGGGUCUGUAUGUUCUAGGCCUGAUGGAACGUGGCCCGGCGCAGCGCAGCAACAAAAUCCAGGUGUCUGACCAGCUGGUGGAGAUCAACGGUGAGAGUACAGCAGGAAUGACUCACAGUCAGGCUGUGGAGCAGAUCCGAAGAGGAGGAAAUCGGAUCCACCUAAUCCUGAAGAAGGGAAACGGAUAUGUACCGGAUUAUGGCCCUGAGGAAGGUUUCCUCUCCUCCUCCUUCUCCUCACGCAAAGAAGAGAAGGAUUUGAUAACCAUGACAACCACCUCCCAUGACUGGCAUUCAAGAAGGGGAGGCCAUGCAAGUGGAGGAGGAGGGGGAGAGUGGAGGAGGAAGGAGAGCAAGGUGGAAACCAAACCAAGGACCAGAGGAAAAGAAGAUGGGCCACCUUAUCUGGACCUCGACCUGGUGGAUGUGGAAGCACGGGAGAAGGAGGAGAGGAGGAAGGAGAAGGAGGCUGAGGGGAGAUGGCAAGUAAAGGAAGAGAGGAGGAGAAGGAGAGAACAAGAGGAGAAGGAAAGAAGUCAGACCAUCAGGCAGAAGAAGCAGGACUGCCAGGGCGAGCAGCCGAGGAGGAGCAUGAGCUUACCCAGAAACCGAUCUUCAUCCUGGGAUGCCCUGCUGCUGGAGGAGGCUGAAGAUGGUGAUGGUGAGAGGAAGAGCAAUACAGACCGAGGCAAAGCCUCCCAACAUGCAAAGCCUGCUGGGAGUUCUACUGCUGCUCCAAGAGUGGCGUUUUCGUUCCUCAUGCCAAUGGACAACCAGCAGCCUCUGUCUGAGAGCAAAUCAGCAGCCAGCUUCUCAGAGAUUAGCCAAUCAGCAGCCACGGUGGAGCCCGAGUGGAGGAGGACCAGGCCAGUAUGGCAACAAGAGAUUGGGCCGGGUCGCUGGAUCAAACCGAGCCAACAGAAACUGACCCAGGUUCUGAUUGGCAGUCGGCUCAGUGGGCAGGAAGUAGCAGGCAGGCUCUCUCUCUGAUUGGCCAGCAGUAAGGACAUUCUCCUUUUUUUUACUGGCUACUAAUAAGGGCUUCUAUGGUUGGCCUGCAGAGAGAAGCCCCGCCCCCUGGUGUCAGCAGGAUACAGAGACAGGAACAGCACCUGCUUUUGACAAUUCCUACUGGCCAGUACCUCAAUCUUUGGACCCGCCCACUGAGCCAAUCCCCAUUUUAUCCAUCAUGCCUCAUGUCCAUCUCCACGGUAACAGGAAACAAUAGCAACGAUGACCUGCUACCACCACAUGAGCUGACUGGUAAUCUGGUUACCGUGGAGAUCACCAGCAUGAACCGCAAUGAAGGAGCCCAGAUGCAUGUUUGGAGGAGAGUUGACCUUUGCCCUGCCUUUGUGUAGAGUCACCUGACCUUGGCCACGCCCCCUGUGAUCCUGUUUCUUUAUUUCAUCCUCAUCAUCAUCUCCUGUAUCCUUGAAAUUGUAUGCAAACGCCAUGGGAAAACAGCGCUGUCUUGUGACUCUGAGCAUGUGAAUAUCCCGGAAUGAUUUUUUUAUUUUUAUAAAGCCUAAGAUGAAAAUGAUCCAUUUAAUCAUUAUUGAUUAUUCCUGAUAUGAUUAGAAACAGAACCGGACUGAUCUGGUUAGCCUGCUUGCCUGUAAAAGUAAAGAAGAGAAAAACUGUCCUGAUGAUGAAACAGCCAUACACACACACACACCACACACACGCGCACACACUCACACACACACACACGCACACACACACACACACACACACACACACACACACACACACAC